AUGGAGCACCGCUACAUGGGUGGAAGUGCCCAAGGCCAAGAUUUGGAAGUUCUCCAGGCCCCAGGACCCUUGUGUGUGUCAGCAGGAGAGACCCUCACUCUGACGUGUACAGUAAGUGGAACUGGUCCACCAGGAGGCGUGAAAUGGCACAAGGGCUUGGGCAGAAACCAGCCCACCAUUUACAGUGGAAGAGGACAAUAUCCUUCCCGCGUGACCAGGGUUGUUGCUGGAUCAGAAACAGACUUCAGCAUCCGCAUCAGCAACAUCCGACCUGAGGAUGCCGGGACCUAUUACUGUGUCAAGUACAGGGCAGGAGCUCAAGAAACAGAAUUUAAAUCGGGAGUGGGCACUGAGGUUUCCGUGAUUGCCACGCCAUCCCAGCCAUCCAUCAAGGGUCCCGCGAGCAGAGUGUUAUCUGGGACCUCGGCGACUUUCAGCUGCACGUCGGAUGGAUUCUCCCCCCGAGCCAUCAAAGUCACUUGGCUGAAGGACAACACCAGGAUCGUGUCCCCAGAGCCCACCGUUCUGCCAGAAGGAGUCAGCAUCUCCUACCAAGUGCUGAGCAGCGCACAGGUGCCACUCACAAGAGACGAUGUGAAGUCCCAGCUCAUCUGCCAGAUUGAACACGAGACCUUGCGGAGUCCCCUGCGGGAGUUUUUCAAACUUGGAGAUAUCCUACGAGUUCCGCCCAGAGUGAAGCUGGAAGCCAACCCAGCCAACCCCGUCCCGCUGAACGAAUCGGUGACCUUCAGCUGCAGCGCAGAAGGGUUUUACCCAGAAGACACAACCUUGGCCUUGACUCUGAACAGCAGCCUGAGUGAAACAGGAACGGCUGAGCCCAUGGCGCAGAACGGGGAUGGGACAUUCACCCUCAGGAGCUCCCUGAAGCUGAAUGCCACGGAAGAAAGGAACCAGUCUGCAUUUACUUGCCUGGUUACGCAAAACUCUCAGCCUGUAGCGACUGAAACAUCAGUGCUGAACAUCAGGGUGCUGACUGAAGGAAGUGAAAGUGUCAGUGUGGAGCCAGGUCCUUUUCAGCUGUCCCCCUUCGGUCUCUGUAUCGGACUUAUUCUGGCCAGCAAACUCCUUGUUUUUGCUCCUUUCCUCUUAUACCUCUUCCUCAAAAAAGGACAUGGCAAGGGGAACCUGAGAAACACACCUGUGAGCACCUAGGGACAGGAGCCGGUGGACAGACCAGCCUAGAAAUUGUCUACCUUUCAAGUUGGUGGCCCUAAGCCAGGCUUCCUCAAAGUUGGCCCUCCUGAUGUUUUGAGACUACAGUUCCCAUCAUCCCUGACCACUGGUCCUUCUAGCUAGGGAUCAUGGGAGUUGUAGGCCAAAAACAUCUGGAGGGCCAACUUUGAGGAAGCCUGCCCUAAGCCCUAAGUAGCUGAGAUACGUAGGAGAUCAUCUCACUGCUUAUAUCUCUUAUAUCGCAGUCUGUCAUUUUCCUCUGCCAGAGAGCAAUUCCUGCAGAUACCGUCUCAUGAGGUCCAUUUUGUACAACGUGGGAACAGUGCCAUCUUCCUUUUGAAACUCCCUCCCUAGUGCCUUUCCCAGUCCUGUUGAAUACAUUCUUUUUUCAACAAGCCUUUUCCCUGGAGAGUUUUACCCUGCUCUGUAUGUCCAUUGGGUUAGAAAUCGUUUUCAAAUAUAUUUUUCAUUAUUAUUAUUUUUUAAACGUUCUUAACUGUUCUUUCCCAGCAUUUCAGAACCUGGUGUCAGAGCAACAGAAUUUCAGAACCUGUUGCUAGAGCAACAUAAAUUAUUCAUGCCUAAUCAACUGUAUUAACUUUGUUCCUGGAGAAACCACCAUAUGAACCUAUCUAUUCUCUUACAGCAUUGUAUGAUAGCAAGAA